CUCUCUUUUUUAUUUUUUUUUCCUCCCAUUCUCAUUCUCCUUUGUUUCUCACGCUGUUUUCAUUCAUUUCACUCUUUUCAGUCUCAUUCUUUUUUUCUUUAAACAUCUCUUCUCCUUCAAAGAGAUCGUGCCUUUAAAAACCAUGAUAAGAAUAAAUAAUAUUUAGACCUAAUAUAUACUAUUAGCACCUUGUAAACCUUUUUUUUUUCUUUCUUGUCCUCUUUCUCUCACAUAUACACAUACUACCAUGUCAAUACCAAUAUUACAACGCGCAUUCACUCAUAGAGCCCUGAGGCGGGUUACCAUGUUGUCUGCCACAGCCACAGGACUCUAUCUGAUCGACACCCAUAUGAACGCAAAAGCAUUCCAACGCACAGCACGCACAGCAUGGAACGGUGUCUUGGUAGGCUGGGACUACAAGUUCAAUUUCACGCCUGGAAAAGCUGAUCAGAUCAAUGAUCUACAUCAACGAGUUGCCAAUCGGAUAUUGCAUGUCUGUCAAACUAAUGGAGGCCUUUAUAUCAAACUAGGACAAGGAAUCGCCACCAAUUCUUCUGUCCUUCCUCCUUGUUAUUUGACAACCCUUCGCGCACUCUACGAUGACGCUUCAUCGGUCGAUUAUUCAACCGUAGAAAAGAUCAUUCAUCAAGAACUGGGUCGUCCUAUCCAUGAAAUCUUCUCCUCCUUCUCUCCCGAACCCGUCGCAGCUGCCUCAAUCGCCCAAGUCCACAAGGCUGUCCUACACGAUGGCACCGUCGUGGCUGUAAAGGUUCAAAAGCCCGAGAUCAAGAUCCAGAUCGAAUGGGACCUGAAGGCCUAUCGUUGGUUGAUCAAGGUCUAUGAAUAUCUCUUUGAUCUGCCCAUGUCCUUCGCUGUCGACUAUACUUGUAAACACCUACGAGAAGAAACCGACUUUAUCAACGAGGCCCGGAACGCGGAAAUGUGCAACGAUUUCUUACAAACUGAUUCCAAAUUACGGCAACAGGUCUAUGUUCCCAAAGUCUUGAAGGCAUACAGUACUAAACAGGUCAUGGUCGCAGAAUGGGUCGAUGGCUGUCGAGCAACAGAUAAACAGGCUAUCGAGCAAAUGGGCUUGAGCAUCACCAAAGUCAUGGAGAGCGUCGUCGAUGUGUUUGCUCAUCAGAUCUUUAUCUCUGGAUUUGUCCAUUGUGAUCCACAUCCUGGAAAUAUCCUCGUCCGAAGACAUCCUGAUAAUCCAAAACGCCAUCAACUGCUUCUGCUGGAUCACGGUCUGUAUAUGCGUGAAUCAGAGGAAUUCCGUCAACAGUACUGUCUCUUCUGGAAAUCCCUUUUCUUACUCGACAAACAAACCAUUGCCGACAUCUGUCAACUCUGGGGCGUGGGCGAUUCUCAGAUGAUGGCCAAUGCCACCCUCCUUAAACCCUACAACAUGGAUCGAUCCCCCAAUAUCAAACCCUCGACCAAUACCUCUGUCCUGGAUGCCUAUGAGAUCCAGAUGAAACUAAAGACCAGCCUCAAAGAUUUCUUGGUCAACUCUGAACUCCUGCCCAAGGAAUUGAUCUUCAUCGGUCGAAACAUGACCAUCGUCCGUGCCAACAACAAGACCUUGGGAAGUCCCGUCAACAGGAUCAACCGAAUGGCCCGUUGGGCCGUUCGAGGUCUCAGUCACGAUUCUAAAUUCUGGAUCAAGAGAUCGUCAUUAUCAUCAUCGGAUCAAUUGAUAAAAAGCAGAAGCGGUCAUCAUGAUGAUGAUAACAAUAACAACAACAGCCUUUCUUUACGACAACCAUCAAGUUUCUGGAAACUACUCUCAACCACACUCCAGGCACAAUUGGAUUAUUGGUUCUUUGAGGCUGCCCUGGCUUUGAUGUCUCUGACGUAUCACUUUGCUCAACUCAAGAGUCUGUUUGAACGUAAAAUCUUGGGACGCAAGUCUGAUGGAUUCGAGGCUGUGCUUGACGACGCUCUGAAGCAACGUCUGGAACAGGAGUAUGGGAUCAAGGUCGAAGGUGAUCUCUUUGAUGCAUAAGAUAUAGACUCAUUGCACUGUACAAAAAUAUUAAAUUUAAU